UUUAAGGUUAAGUUUAGCAUUUAUAUUUUAUUAAUAAAGUAAACUUUAUUUAAAUUUCUAAAUUAUGCAACUCAAAAUGAAUAAAACUAAUUUUAAUAUAAAUAAAAUUAAACAAAUUUUGCUUGAUGAGAACUCAUUUAUCACAAAUGUAUUUUCUAAAGUUGAUCUUCCAAGUCAAAACAGAGAUGAUGAUGAAAUUCCCGCUGAAUCAAAAGUCGGAAAAAAUAAACUUUUAAAAGCCACAUCUUCAAAAGGACUUAAAGCAUCUCGAGCAAAAAGUUUGGAAGAGUUGCAAGCACGUUUGAGUUUAAAAAAAAAGAAAACAUUCACAUAUAAAGAUAAAUUAUCCAAAAAGGCGUUACGAACACAUAUAAAGAAAAAGAUUAAAAAAGGAGAAAGAUUGAAUACUAAAACAGUAAAAGUACCUAAAGCAGGAGAAAGUGAAGUUAAAUCAGAAGAAAAUGAUGACACUGAAAAGAAUAUUAAGCCAUCGAAACCUGUAUUUAAUAGUCAAGGCAAAAUGGUCUUUUCAAAGUUUGACUUUUCGGAUGCAAAUAAUAAGAAAUUCAAAAAGAAGGCUGAGAAUGACCCGCAGAAGAUACUUGAAAAAUUAAAUAAAAAUAAAGAAAAACUAGAAGAAUUGAAGUCUCAAGGAGAUGUUGAAAAAGCGCAAGAAUUAAAAGAAAAAUUAGCCUGGAAAGCUGCAUUAGCUAAAGCAGAUGGACAAAAAGUAAGGGACGACCCUGACUUAUUGAAAAAAUCAGUUAAAAAACAAGAACAAAUUAAAAGAUCCAGUGCCAAAAAAUGGCAAGCUAGGAAAGAAGGAGUUAAAAAGGCACAGGAAGAGAGACAAAAGAAACGAGAAGCAAAUAUAAAUAAAAGAAAAGAUGAUAAGAAAAAUAAAAAAUUAAAAAAGGCAGUUAAAAGAGGCAGAGUAAUACCAGGUUUUUAAUUCUUAGAUAUUUGUGUUUAAAUUUAUUUAGGUUUAAAUAAAAUUCAUAUAAAAAUCAUUAUGAGCUCACACUGAAUAUAUUU